AUGAAUUUCUUUAGAAAAGCCCCCACAGUAAAAGAACAACAGAGGCAAAAUGAUCGAGAGCUCCGAAAAGCUGGCAGAGAUUUAGAUAGGGAUAAAUUGGCUCUAGAAAGAGAAGAAAAGAAAUUGGAAAUGGAAAUAAAGAAAAUGGCUAAGGAAGGAAAUAAUGAAGGAUGCAAGAUACUUGCUAAGCAAUUAGUUCAGUUAAGGAAGCAAAAGACUCGAAUUUAUUCUGCUAAUAGCAAGAUAGCAAGUGUUCAAACACAAAACAAAGCAAUGGGAGCUAACAUUGCCAUUGCAGGAGCAAUGGGUGCAACUGCUCAAACUAUGGGCAGUAUGAAUAAAUUGAUGAAUCCACAUCAAAUAGCUAAGGAUAUGGAAGCGUUCAAACAGGCCAGUGCUAAAAUGGAUAUGACUGAUGAAAUGAUUUCAGAUACACUGGAUGACAUUAUGGAUGAAUCGGACGAUGAGCAAGAAACUGAAGGGAUUGUCAACAAAGUACUUGAUGAGAUUGGCAUUGAAAUUAGUGGAAAGAUGGCCAACGCCCCUUCAAUAUCUCGCAACAAAAUCGGCGAGUCUACUGCAGAUGCAGACAAGGAACUAAUGGCACAGCUGGCUAAACUCAAGUCAUAG